AUGAAAACAAAGCAACCAUUGAUAAACCUAAGGAUAAUUGGUAGCUUUAAAAUUACUCAAACAAUUGGUUCAGGUGGUUUUGGAGAAGUUUAUGAAGCAAUAUAUAACAAUAGCAGUACUUUUGCUUUGAAAUCCUAUAAAUAUGAUAUAACAAAUAUGAAAGAAGUUAUUAAUGAGUUGAAAUUGUUACGCAAAGUUGACUACCAUAAAAAUAUUAUUCAUUUUUAUGGUGUCACUAAAAAUGAAGGAAAUGAGAAAUAUUUAUUGGUCCUUGAGUAUGCAGAUAGUGGAACAUUAAGGAGCUACCUACAAGAAAAGUCCAAAUCAAUCAAUUGGGAUCUAAAGCUGAAAUUUGCAUAUGAAAUUGCAUCAGCUGUUUUAUGUCUACAUGAAAACAAUAUUAUCCAUCGAGAUUUGCAUUCAAACAACAUCUUGGUUCAUCAAAAAACCAUAAAGUUGGCAGAUUUUGGACUUUCCCCACUUGAUAUUUCUAAUGGAAUUCGUGAGAAACCUAUUCCUAACACACCUGAUGAAUAUGUUAAUUUAUACAAAGCAUGUUGGCAGGAUAACCCAAAAAGCAGGCCUGAUAUUCAAUAUGUUGAAAAAAUGCUUAUUGGAAUGAUUUCAGACUCAAAUAUAGUUGAUAAAGUUAAUAAUGAGGAAAAUGAUGUGCAAUCAAAAAAUGAAGACAGUAGUUCUUUCAGUCAUCCCAGUACUAUUUUAACAGAACCUACCAGCAGUUAUCUCUGGCAAGAAGAAUUUAAUAAUAAUGUCAAAGAAUUUUCAGAGAAUACAGAACCCUGA